AUGAACGGCCUCAGGGACCUUCAUUGCAACGUUCGGCUCUUGAACGAAAAUCUGCCCGGCAAUAUCUUGGCACAAAUCCGCAGCGAAGAUCCCCAGAAUGCAAUCGAUGUCCGAAAUGAUUCUUUUAUGAAUCUGGUCAGGCUCUACGCAACUUACUACACCAACGCUAUUGCAAUCAUCGAAGACGGCGAGGACACUGGCUCAGCCGUUUUCCGCACCUUCAGUUCUGUCAAUCACUCCUGCAAGCCCAACGUCUUCAGCAUAUUCAGCGCCAAGACCAAUCGACAGACUGUCUAUGCCGGCUGGAAUAUCAAGGCAGGGCAGCAGAUCCUCAUCAGCUACUUCGGUGGCAAUGAGGAUUUCAUGACCUGCGAGCAGCGACUGGAACAGACACGGAGGGACUGGGGCUUCACAUGCGCUUGCGAAGCUUGUCUUGAAUCAAGAAUCACCGACCCUGAGCGCGAGAGAAUGGGCCUGCUCAAGAAGAGGCUGGAUCAGUCAAUCAAGGAUUGGCCUCCCGAUGAUCACAAUGCCCGCCAAGCCCUGGCGUUGGAGGUGGUUCAAAAGGCCGAAGAGCUGCUACGAUCGAUGGAGGAGGCCGGUGUGGGAUACUGGAAACUUCGCCAGAUCUACCAGGAGUGCUCGCGAUUCAACAUGCUUCUGGGAAAUCAGGCAGAGGCGGUCAGAUAUGCUAAGGAGUACCGCGAGAUUGAGGAGAUCUACUACAGCGAGGAUGGAAUAGACCUGGCUUGGAUGGAUCAGAUUGGACUGCGGUUCCCUGAGUGA